AUGGAUCAACUGAUCUGUACAGAACUUCAUAAGGGUCCAUCUGGAGCCCCUAGGGCUCAACUGACGGUCUUUGGGUGGGCUCUGUUUGGAAGCGUAAAUGGAUCUGAGCCUGAUAUUCCACGCUUACAGUCGUUACAUUGCGAUGUUCAUUUGGAUCGAGCAUUGAACAAGUUAUGGGAGUUAGAAGAAGCUCCGCAAAAAACGUAUCUUACGUAUGAGGAGCGUUACUGUGAAGAACAUUUUGGAACAACGCAUCGAAGGGAACCUAACAGACGGUUCGUCGUCGAAUUGCCGCUGAAGCCCGAUGUACAUCUGGGAGAGUCGCGAAACUUUGCUAUCCGGAAUUUGUUACGACUUGAAAGAAAACUCGCUUGUGACUCCGAUCUUCGUUUACGCUACAAUGAAUUCAUGAAUGAACUCAUUGACAUGAAACAUAUGGAGGUCACGUCAGAGACUAUGAAUCCAACGUAUUAUAUGCCUCAUCAUCCUGUUUUAAAGGAAAGUAGUAUCACGACCAAAUUUAGGGUUGUAUUUAACGCGUCCGCAAAAUGGACUUCUGGAAAUUCGCUGAAUGACGCAUUAUUUGUAGGACCUCAAUUGCAAGAAGAUUUGUAUACAAUUUUACUUCGCUUUAGAACACACCGCUAUGCUGUAACGGCAGAUGUCGCCAAAAUGUGUCGUCAAAUCUGCGUAUCCUUAAAACACGCUGAUUUGCAACGCAUCGUAUGGCGUAGCCACCCAUCCCUGCCUAUCCAAGAUUUUCGCAUGGUUCGCGUAACGUACGGAGUGGCAGCUGCGUCUCAUCUAGCUGUCCGAUCACUGCAACAGACGGCAAGAGAUUCGUCGAAUGGUUGUGCUAGGGCUGUUAGUGUUAUUCUCAAGGAUUUUUACAUGGAUGAUCUACUUACUGGUGCAUCUAGUAAAGAAGAUCUUCGAUUGUUGCAGCAAAAUAUUUCCGAAAUAUUGAGAGAAGGGGGGUUUGAACUUCGAAAGUGGCCAUCGAACUGCGCUGAAAUAAACGUAAGCAUUUCCUAUGCAUCUACGAACAUAUCACGUUAUAUUGUCGACGAUAAGGAUGUUCAAGCUUUAGGUCUUAUCUGGAACAGAGAGGGAGACUACCUCACGUUUACCAUCAAUUUGACGGAGCCGCCAGUUAAGUUGACCAAGCGCAUGUUUCUAUCAGAUGCAAGUACGCUCUUCGAUCUUCUGGGCCUACUUGCUCCCGCAACUAUAAAUUCAAAAAUUUGGUCUCAAGACAUAUGGUGCACUAAGGUAGGUUGGGAUGAUAUCAUUCCUGAGUCUAUCGCAACGAAGUGGUUGGAGCAUCGCAUAGAACUCAAGCAAUUGGCACAUUUGAAGGGGAACCGUUGGUUUGGUACUGAAGUAAUUGGGUCAUUUACGCAAUUGCACGUAUACGCAGACGCGUCUGAGCGAGCUUACGCCGCCGUUUUGUAUGCACGAACAACACAAAGCGACGGUAGCAUUACUUUGUCAUUAAUUUCGUCGAAAACCAAGGUAGCUCCGCUUAAGCCGACAACGUUGCCUCGUCUUGAAUUAUGCGCCGCUCAUCUUGCUGCUAAACUAGUUCGAAGCGUGCUGCACUGCUGGUCUGAUCUCCGUUAUCCGCUUUUCGCUUGGACUGACACUACCAUAACAUUGGCAUGGUUACAAACUCACCCCAGCAGAUGGGUGACAUUUAAAGCCAACCGCGUCGCUGAUAUUCAAGAAGUUCUGCCUCCCGAAUGUUGGCACCACGUUCGUUCUGAACAGAAUCCUGCAGAUUGUGCUUCAAGAGGUAUAACCCCCUCCGAUUUAUUACGUCAUCAAUUGUGGUGGGCUGGUCCUAUUUUCCUGAAAAGCACUGAACAGUUGUGGAAGCAGAAAAUAUCUAAAGAGCACACUACAGAGCUGGGCAUACGAAAUAGAACUCGUGCCCAUGUGACUAAUUCUACAGAUUAUUGGUCCGUGAUGACAAAAUACUCAUCGUAUUCUAAGUUGCGUCGAGUUAUUUCCUACGUUUUACGCUUUUUGACCAACAUUCCGGCUAACAGGCGGCUUAAUGUUAUAAAGCGUUUUGGUAUACCGAGUUGCCAAGAGUUAUUUGAUGCUGAACUUCGCCUAAUCAGGUAUACGCAAUCUGGUGCGAUGCAUCUCGAAUUUGUGAAUGGUGACCUGUCAACACCAGCAUUCCUAAAUGCGUUUAAAAUGUUCACAAAUCGCCGAGGUUUUUGUAAGGUCAUGACAUCAGAUAACGGUACAAAUUUCGUUGGAGCCGAGAAGGAGUUGCGCAUUGCAUUUCAACAGUGCAUGGCUGUUAUUAAACUUCGAUCUUUCUUUGCAGAUUCGAAUGUCGAAUGGCGCUUUAAUCCACCGGCUGCACCCCAUAUGGGAGGUUACUCGGAGACUGGAGUCAAACAGGUCAAGUAUCAUUUAAAACGCGUACUAGGAGAAGUUCCACUAUCAUACGAAGAGUUCAACACACUUUUGACUGAAAUAGAAGCUUGCGUAAACUCUCGCCCACUCUGUGACAACUCUGAAACUGCUGGUGACUUAGAAGUUCUAACUUCCGGACAUUUCAUAAUCGGUGUACCGCUUAAGUCAAUACCGGAACCUGAGGUUCAAAGGUUUCGUGGAAAUCUUCGUCAGCGGUGGCAAGCAAUUUCUGCCAUGAGACAACAUUCCUGGCGUCGUUGGAGAGACGAGUACCUCGUGAGCUUACAACGUCGCACCAAGUGGUUUCGUUCUUCACGCAACAUUGAAGAAGGGGAUGUGGUUGCUGUUUUCAACGAGCCUCAUCCUCCGACGAAGUGGACACUUGCACGAGUGAUCAAAUGCCAUCAUGGUACCGAUGGACGCGUAAGAGUAGUUACGUUGAAAACACCGCAUGGCGAAUUGGUUCGCCCUAUAGUCAAACUUUGUCUUUUGCCAACGAAAGGAGAUUUAUUUCAGUGUCACAGAUUUCCCUAUCAAAAAAUUUAUUGCCAAACUCCAAUUCGACAAAAACAUGUACGUCAUAAUCUAAAUGUGCAGUUAACAUGCGUAUAA